UCAAUUCCUCAACUUUUCAUUUGAGUUUUUCAUAUGUAUCAUUAUAUUUUGAUAUUUAUUGUUUAUUAUGAAUUUAUGGAUGUGUGUCUAAAAAUGAAAUAUGCAUGCAUAGUGAAAUUAAAUUACUACAUUGAAUGAAAUUCUUGUCAUGAUCAUGAUUGCUAUAAUUUUUUUUUUUUUUUGCUUUUCUAUAAUUAUAAAUUUCUUAUUAAUCAAACUAAUUGAAAGAUGAUGUUGGUUAUAUAUAGCUAUCUCCAUCCAGAUUUUGUUGAGAUUGUUGUGGUGCGACAUGGUGAAACAACUUGGAACAGUUUAAAAAAAUGCCAGGGACAAUUGGAUAUUGAAUUGAAUGAAUUAGGAAAACAGCAAGCAGCUGAAGUGGCUGAUAGACUAUCCAAGGAACCUAAGAUCUCUGCUGUGUAUUCUUCUGACUUGAAAAGAGCUUUAGAAACAGCACAAACUAUUGCAUCCAAAUGUGGAGGACUAGAGGUUGUGAAGGAUUUGGACCUGCGAGAAAGACACAUGGGGAAUCUUCAAGGACUUGUUUUUAGUGAAUUAGAAAAGACUAAUCCCAUAGGUUACAAUAUUUUGAUAACCGAGAAUCAAAAUCAAGAAAUCCCAGGUGGUGGUGAGAGUCUUGAUCAACUAUUUGAACGCUGCAAAUCUUCAUUGCUGAGAAUUGGCAGAAAACAUAAAGGGCAGCGUGUAGUAGUUGUUUCUCAUGGAGCAUCCAUUCAAGUGCUUUACAAAUGGGCCUGCCCAGAUUCCAAGUUUGUGAAGAAUAUAUACAAUGCAUCUGUCACUAUUUUUCACUUGUAUAGUGAUGACAAAUUGACCUUAAAAUUGAGGGCUGAUAUUAGCCAUCUCACCCAAAAUUGAUUUAUGUACUCUAGUUUGAAGGGUAACACAAUGAUAUCUACUGUUAUAUUGUUAUUAUACUUAUGCCAAUCCAAAAGGUUGGGGGAAUGGGGCGGUAACAACAAGAAGGAAGAGACAAAUUAUUUGUAUUUUGUAUCUUUGUUAUUUGACCCAAAAAAAUAAUAAUAAUGUGUUUAAA